AUGACCUCGAAGAAAGAAAGUAUACCCAGUCGACGUCGGUCGUCACUGCAGUUUCUCGCGAAGAGACGCCAUCCCAAAGAGCGUCUAAAAAGAUUACUUUUUGGUUUUAAGGAAUCUUCGCUCAUUACAAGAAUUUCAAAUAAUUUAGGAAUCAUUGCAUCAGAAAUCUUUAAAAUGUUUCUUGUGACCUUGGUAGCUCUCAUUGCAGUUGCACAUGGAGCUUACAAUUGCCCAAAGGAUGAUGGUCAAUUUGAAGAUUCGAGGCAAUGUGAUAAAUUUUAUGAGUGUGUAGAUGGAGUUCCCAAGGAAAAAUAUUGUCCUGAUGGACUCGUCUUCGAUCCGUUGAAUCGAAAAAUCAAUAAGUGUGAUCACGUUUUUAACGUCGAUUGUGGCGACAGACUCGAGCUACAGCCACCUCAGCCCUCGAAAAAUUGUCCCAGACGUAAUGGGUUUUUCGCUCAUCCAGACCCAGCUGUUUGUAAUGUAUUUUUCAAUUGUAUUGAUGGAGAAUCAAUUUCUAUAACUUGCACAACUGGUCUUCAUUUUGAUGAGUACAGUGGAACUUGUGUCUGGCCUGACAGCGCAGGACGUCAGGGCUGCGGAGCUGUAGACAAAAAACUUAAAGACGGUUUCGAAUGUCCAAAAGACAACCCACUCGAUACAAGAGGUAUGACUGUAGAUCAUCCUAAAUUUGCUCAUCCUGAAGACUGUCAAAAAUUCUACGUUUGCUUAAAUGGAGUAACACCACGUGAACAAGGUUGCAGUGAAGGAACCGUGUACAAUGAGGAAAUCCAGAGGUGUGAUGCACCUGAAAAUGUUCGUGGCUGUGAGGACUGGUAUAAAGACGAUGGCAAAAAACCUUGAAAACAUUCUCAAGACUCAAAUGUCCCGCAUCGGGAUUCUUAUACCACCCCUCGUACCUUGAAUAUCGUUUAGCUUAAAUGUAAAAACGAAUUUAGUCUUGUAAAUUUUUAUAAUAAAUUACUUUUACAGAGAA